AUGUCGUAUAUGUUACCUCAUUUGAGCAAUGGAUGGCAAGUGGACCAGGCAAUUCUGGCUGAGGAGGAUCGUGUCGUACUUAUUCGAUUCGGUCAUGAUUGGGAUCCAAGUUGUAUGCGAAUGGAUGAGACUUUAUAUAAAAUUGCGAACAAAGUGAAAAAUUUUGCUGUAAUAUAUUUAGUAGAUACGACAGAGGUACCUGAUUUCAACAAAAUGUAUGAAUUGUACGAUCCAUGUACUGUGAUGUUCUUUUUCCGCAACAAACACAUUAUGGUUGAUUUAGGCACUGGUAAUAACAACAAAAUCAACUGGCCUAUCACUGAUGGACAAGAAUUGAUUGAUAUUUUAGAAACGGUGUACAGAGGUGCUCGUAAAGGUCGUGGUCUUGUUGUGUCUCCUAAAGAUUAUUCAACGAAAUAUAAAUAUUGA